GGGAUGAAGAAGACUAUGAUCAUGGCAUGGUUGUGGAAUUCCAUGAUUCCAGAAAUAAGUGACACAUGCAUGUUUUUGGCUACUGUCAAGGACAUAUGGGAUGCGAUUCAGCAGACCUAUUCCAAAGCUAGAGCUGCGGCUCAAGUGUAUGAGGUCAAAGUGAAAACUAUGGCUGCAAAACAAGGGAAUAAAACGGUAACUGAAUAUGCGAAUCAACUGAAAUCUUUGUGGCAGCAAUUGGAUCACUAUCGGGUGAUAAAAACAAAAUGCCCUGAUGAUGCAGCGGUUCUAAAGGACUUCAUUGAACAAGAUAGGGUCUAUGGUUUUCUAGUUGGACUUAAUCCAGAAUUUGAUCAAGUGAGGAUACAGAUUUUUGGGAAGCCGGAGGUUCCAUGCUUUAACGAAGUAGUGGCUCUAAUCCGAAGUGAAGAAAGUAGAAGAGGGUUAAUGCUUGAACCACAAACCACUGAUAGUUCCAUUAUGGUGGCUAGCGGUAACAACAAAUUAGCCACAAACAUGUUGAGAGGAACAACAUUUAAAGGAAGAAAAGGUGGCCAGCUGAAAAAUCAAAACCGUGAUGGAUUAUGGUGCACUUACUACAAGAAGUCUCGCCACACCCGUGAAAAAUGUUGGAAAUUUCAUGGAAAGCCUUCAAGUCGAGAAUGGAGCCAGAAAGGAGGUCAACCACAGAACAAUGGACCACAUUGCUGCAGGAUCACAAGGUGGAUCGGCACCAUAGGAGUCGAGUAGUCUCAACCAAGAAGAGAUUGAGAGGGUGAGAUCACUAAUCAACAGUCUUGGAAAACCUGAAGGAUCUUCAGGUACUUGUUCUUUGGCAUAUUCAGGACAAGAACUCGGGGAGGAUGAUUGGAUGUGCUAGAGAAAGGAAUGGCCUCUACUAUCUUGAAGCACCAGGCCAGUUAAACAUGACCAAGGGCAGAUUACCCUCUUCCUUCAUAUUAGAGUUUGCCUUAUCCAAUAAAGAAAAAAUUUUACUUCACCAUUGCCGACUUGGACAUCCAUCGUUUAGGGUUAUUAAAAUUAUGUUUCUUUCUUUGUGUAAGGAUUUAGAUGUUAAAAAAUUUCGGUAUGAGGUGUGUGAACUUGCUAAACACAAGCGUGUCCCUUUUCCAAUUAGUUAUAAAAAAAGCUCUGUUCCUUUCUAUCUUAUUCACAAUGAUAUCUGGGGUCCAUCUAUUAUUUCUAAUGUUUCUGGGGCAAGAUGGUUUGUUUCUUUCAUUGAUGAUUGCACUCGUGUUACCUGAAUUUUUUUGCUUAAACAUAUGUCUGAUGUUAGUACUGUAUUUUCGAAUUUUUGUUCCAUGAUCAAAAAUCAAUUCGGGGUCAAUAUCAAACGGUUUAGGUCAGAUAAUGCCAAGGACUAUUUCAAUCAAAUUCUUACCCCAUAUUUUCAGAAAGGAAUAGUAUAUGAGUCAUCUUGUAUCAAUACCCCACAACAAAAUGGGGUAGCAGAGAGGAAAAAUGGCGAUCUCCUUGAAAAAAUUAGAGCCUUGUUGUUUCAAAAAAAUGUGUCUAAGAUUUUUUGGGGGGAAGCAGUUCUUAUAGCCACUCAUCUAAUAAACCAUUUGCCUUCAAGAGUCUUGCAUUUUAAGAGUCCUAUGGACAUACUUUCAACAUUUUACCCAGAUCUAAACACUACAAACAACCUUGUCCCUAGGAUUUUUGGAUGUGUGUCAUUUGUCCAUAUUCACAGUCAAAACAGGGGGAAAUUAGAUCCAAAGGCUCUAAAAUGUAUCUUUGUGGGCUAUUCUUCGACUCAGAAAGGGUAUAAGUGUUACCACCCUCCGUCAAAGAAAUUCUAUGUCUCGGUGGAUGUUACAUUCAAUGAACAAGAGUCUUAUUUCACUAAUCCUUAUCUUCAGGGGGAGAAUUCAACUAGGGAAGAUAAGAAAGAUUUUUUGCUUGAUUUAUCAUUAAUUCUUAUGUCUAAAACCUCGGAUCCUGUACCUGCACCUCAUUUAUCCUGUUCCAAUCAUGUGCCUAGGAGUCCUUCUGAACCUGUGCCUGAACCCAUGCCUGAACCCACACCCAGACUUGAACCCGUGCCUGAAACACCAAGUGAACCACAAAAAAAGAUCGAUUCUGCUCAUGAAAAUGUGAGAUUUGGCAAGGUGUUCACAAGGAGAAAGAUGGCUGCUCCUGAACCUGUGCAGGUCCAAGAAUUCAACUCGGAUUUUUCGAAUGAAGUAAUAAUUUCUAACCAUCCAUUGCAAGAUGAAACUGAGUCUCAUAUUGAUAAUGAUGACCAGGACCUUCCAAUUGCUAUUAGAAAAGGAACUAGAAGAUGCACAAAGCAACCAUUAUACCCUUUUGCACAUUUUUUGUCGUUUAAGAAUUUUUCACCAUCUCAUAGGGCCUUUCUUGUAAGCCUAAAUACCAUUAUCAUUUCUACCACCUUAUCUGGGGCUUUGUCCAAUGAAAAAUGGAAACAAGCUAUGAAUGUGGAGAUGGAGGCGUUGGAAAAGAACAAGACUUGGGAGUUGGUGAAGUUACGGGCAGGAAAGAAAUCGAUGGGCUCUAAGUGAGUGUAUAUGGUGAAGUAUAGGGCAGAUGAGUCGAUUGAAAGAUACAAGGCACGGUUAGUAGCCAAAGGGUAUACUCAAAUCUAUGGAAUUGAUUAUUUAGAGAUCUAUGCUCCCGUUACAAAGAUGAAUACAGUCAGAGUCUUGUUAUCACUAGCAACUAAUUAUGGUUGGGAGUUACAGCAAUUUGAUGUCAAGAAUGCUUUCCUACAUGGAGAAUUAGAGGAAGAGAUUUAUAUGGAGGUUCCACCAGGAUAUGGGAAGAAUUUGGCUGCUCAUACUGUGUGUAAAUUGAAAAAAAGCACUGUAUGGCCUUAAGCAAUCACCACGGGUAUGGUUUGGGAGAUUUACAAGAGUUAUGUUGGCUAUGGGAUACAAACAAAGCCAAGGGGAUCACACAUUGUUCAUUAAACACUCUCCUUCAAGGGGAGUUACAGCCCUACUGGUGUAUGUUGAUGACAUAAUAGUGAUAGGAGAUGAUGUUAAGGAGAAACAGGUCUUGAGUUAAUAUUUGGCUAAGGAGUUUGAGAUUAAAUCGUUAGGGAGACUGAAGUAUUUUCUCGGGAUUGAGGUCGCUCACUCUAGGCAGGGAAUUUUCAUCUCUCAAUAGAAGUAUGUCACAGAUCUUCUCAAGGAAACUGACAAGACAGCAUGCAAACCAGCAAAUACUCCUAUGGAUUCUAAUCUUAAACUUGGAAAAGCAGAGGAAGAUGCCGCAGUAGACAGAGAAAUGUAUCGAUGCCUAGUAGGAAGACUCAUUUAUUUGUCUCACACAUGACCAGAUAUAGCAUACGCAAUAAGUGUGAUUAGUCAGUUUAUGCACCAAAGGAAGUUCAUCUACAAGCAGCUCAUAGAGUACUACAGUAUCUCAAGGGAACACCAGGGAAAGGUAUCUUGUUCAGAAGAAAUGGAGGAUUAAUACUUGAGGCAUACACUGAUACCGAUUAUGCUAGAUCAAUUGUUGAUAGAAGAUUAACAUCAGGAUAUUGCACCUUCCUCGAUGGGAAUCUUGUGAUGUGGAGAAGUAAAAAACAAAGUGUGGUAGCUCGGUCAAGUGCAGAGGCUGAAUUUCGGGCAAUGGCUCCAGGUGUGUAUGAACUAUUUUGGUUGAAGAUCAUCCUUAAAGACCUGAAGAUUAAGUGGGAUGGUCCUAUGAGACUCUAUUGUGAUAACAAAUUUGCAAUCAACAUAGCUCACAACCCAGUACAACAUGACCGGAUGAAGCACAUUGAAGUCGACAGACACUUUAUCAAAGAGAAAUUGGAGAGUGGGUUGAUUUGUACACCUUACGUGUCUACACAUGGUCAACUUGCUGAUGUUCUUACCAAAGGGUUGAGUAGCUCAGUUUUUCAGACUAUUGUAUCCAAGUUGGGAAUGGAGAAUACCUAUUUACCAGCUUGAGGGGGAGUGUGGGAAAACUAUGUAUGGUUAGUUAGCUAGUUUAGGAAAUUCUUUUGGCUAUUUUAGAAAAUUCUUUUGGUAACAGAUUGUAUCCUUAGAAUUAAUCCUAUAUAGCUAAGGUUCCUAUUCUGUUAGGGUGUCCCGUAAAUCAUGAGAUCUGAUUUAGUAAUCCUAUUUUGUUAGGGUGUCCCAUAAAUCAUGGGAUCUGAUUUAGUAAUUUACGUUUUUGGAUGCUAUGGUUGUUGUAUAUAUUCUGCUGUAAUAUUCAAAUUGAAAUACAAUUCCUCUUUUCAAAUUUCGACAGUUACCAUAAUUUUCAAGUGGGUCAAACACCAAAACUUUUUGAAUUGGACUUUUUAUUAAUUUUUCUUUUCUGAUCCUACAUGUGUCUUAGUGUCCCUGGUGAUUUCCAUUUUAAAUGUUUUUGGUAUUGCUGAGAACUAUACAAUUAACUGUUUAUUGGAAUAUGCUUCAUCAUCUAAACCUCGAAUUCGUUUGUUUCUUUUUUGAGGGAGGGAUACAUUCCUGUUAGUUAUGCGACUAAUUUUAUCUUGGCCUAGCCCAUGCAGCCCACAGCUCACAUGGCUAGGGACACUGCAGCAUGAGCCCUUUUGAGGCUGACCAUGACCUGGUCAUGGUACUUGUGAUUAGACUCUUUGGCGAGGACGUCAUGGCUUAAACUAGAAGGAGUGUGUGAUAACCCAUGUGGACGUAUGUUAAGUGUCAUUUUGGGUGUACAUUGGGGAGGUUUCGGUUUCUUAAGCGGGGUCAAAGAUCCCAUUUAGCAACCUUCUAGCUAGCCUUUCUAGACAGAGGUCCCUGGUUGUUCAAAUGGACUAUCAAAGAACAAAGUAGUACAUUCAUAAGUUCAUACUGGGAUACUAGAUUUUUACUAGUAGAAGUCUGCUUUGGAGAUCGAUAACUGAUAAGAGAAGUUUGAUAUUAAGACAUGAUACAACUGUAUAAAACCAUAUCAUUGCAGUGCUUCCAAUCAAUAUUGCUGACAGGUAAUGAGUUACAGUUUCUUCAUACUCUAAUAAUUUUUUUGGCUUAUUCCAAUAAUGCGCCCUCAUUACGAAUCUUAAGGGUUCUGGCUCAAGGUUCCAGUGGCAUUCAUUGAUUACUUUCACCCAAAUGGUUUUCAAUGUUUGAGAUAUUCUGUACAUUGUAUUCAAACCUUCUAAUUUUCUCUUGCUACAGGUUUUCAUUCUUCCCAGAUCUAGCACUUUAUGUACAUCUAAUAUUUAUAGAAUUUGUAGUUUAUCAGAUAUUUGUUGCUUCUUAUGCAUUUCCAGAAGAUCAGUCAAUUAAACAAUCCCU